AUGUUUUGGAAAAAGAAGGACGCAGCGCCGACUCCGAAGCGAGCCGCCGGCCGACCGACCGCCAAGGCCGACGACGGCAAGUGCUUCAUGGGCUCCGUCUCCAUGGCCUCAUCCGCGCCUGUAGACUAUGACCUCGCGCAGUUUGGGAUCAAGACCGUGUCAGACAAGGAUGUCCAGGCGGAUCUGGCCAAGCUCAUGGCCGAGAUUCAAAGCGACACGAGCAUGGACGGUAUCAACCUCGGCGACUCGGACGAUGAAGAGGCCGCGAUCAUGCGCGAGAUUCAAAAGAUGGCGCCGUCGGCGAACCUUCAGCACGCGCUCUCGCUCGGGAGCAACGUCUCGGACGACAUGGGCGACAGCGACGUCGACGUCGACGACCCGCUCUUAAACGCAGAGCUCCAUGGUCUUCUCGGAACAAAGCCACCGAGCAUUGAGAGCGAGCGACAGCGAUUGCAAGCACUCGUCGACUUGGAGCGAACGAAAGCGCUCGAGCUCAAGCGCCAAGGGCUGGUUCCCGAGGCCCUCGCCGCCAUGCGCGAGAUGAAGGCGUACCAAGCGCAACUCGACAGUCUGCUGCUGCCCGAGGUAGACUCUUCUGCGCCCGAGGUGCACACAGUCGUUGAUGAUAACAGCAGCCUUCAAGUCCCGGAUGACGACACGAACAAUCCCGGAUACGACACGUUGCUGCAUGGAGCAUCCUCGACGCCUCGAGAAAGCCUCCUGAAACAAGCCAAGAAGCUGCGCACCGAGAUCCACGCGCAGAAGCUUGACGCGCUCGCACUCAAGCGCGAGAACCGCGUGCCGGAGGCGCUCGCGGUCUUCCGCAAUGUCAAGGUGCUCGAGGCGUCGCUCGCCGAGCUUGAAGCCUCCUUGGUCGCAGCGCCCGAAGAGGCGCCUGCGAUCAUCGCGGAAGAGGUUGAGCUGCCGCCCAUGGUCGAUGACAAUGAAGACGUUCAAGUCACGGACGAGGACUUGGACGAUCCAUCGUUCGAUGCGGAGCUUGCCAACUUGCACAAACCGGCACCGGCGUCGACAGUGACGACGACGACGACGACCAGGACGCCGACAACGAUGCACACGCCACAGGUUCUUGAAACGUCGCUGUCCGACCAGAUUGCGGCGGCCAAGGCCCUCGCCGUGCAGCUCAAGCGGGACGGGCGCAUUCCCGAAGCUCUCGAGCAACUCCGACGAGCCAAAGCACUCGAAGCGACGCUCGUCCCCGAGACGACGACACCCGGUCCGUCGCCGGCGGAAGUUGCGCGACUGCAGCAGUACGAAGCGGUGGAGAAGGCGCUCGUCGAUGCAGCCAACGCGAGCAUGCACGCCGCCAAGGAUCUCCUCGCGACCGACCGCGCCCAGGCCAUGGCCCAAGUCGAACAGCGCAAGUACUAUACCACUGCACUCGAGACGCUGCGGGAGGCCCGGCGCGACCCGCUUCAGCCGCCGCCGACACUCGAGGUUGUGCGAGAAACGCGACUUGUCGAGCACGUCAACAGUGCGGUGCGACCAGAUGCGAUUGUUGUCGCGAUCCCGGAGCUCCGGUCCACGAGUCCCGAGGCUAAAGACGUCUUUGUCAAGUUUUCGCUCAACGUGCCGUCGUCGAAUCCGCACGAAGGCGUGACGCCGAGCGCCCACGGCAGCUCGAGCGUAAAGUUUGGAGCCGAGUUUACCUUUCCGAUCGCGCGCAGUCGCGGCCUCCAAAAGCUCGUCGAGCUGCGCAAGGCCCAGUUUGAGGUGCUUACGACCGCGGGGUUUUGGAAAGCGUCCGAGUCGCUCGGCCGUGGCUCGCUCAACCUCGCGCCGCUCGUCAAGACGUCCGAAAUCAACUGCUGGGUGCCGCUCAUGGCCAACCGCCGACCGUGCGGCGUUGACAUUCACGUGAUCUUGCGCCUGCGGACACCCUUGGGUGGCCCCGAAAUGCGGCCCGUGCACAGCGAAAAGCUCGUGGUCGGCCCAUACCCACCUCGGGAGGUGCCGGCGGCGGUCCCCGAGCCACCUGUAAUCCCGGCAGUGUCACUUGUCGUCCCAGCAGUCGCUCCGGUUGAGGGGCCGACGACCAGCGUAGCGCUACCCAACGACGAAACGGACCCGCACAGCCUUGACAACAUUGUGAGCUACGAGGUCAUGACCGACGAGGUGGAGCGCAUCACCAAGCGACUCGAGGCAGGCGCGGUUCCCGAGCUCGUUGAUCGCCUCGAGAGUCUCCAGCUCAAGCGCCAGCUCUUUGAGAUUGAGAUUCAGUCGGGCAAGCUCAGCCUCGAGAUGUACGUGGCACGUCUCCAAGAACGCAUCGCGCUCGACAAUCAAUUGGCGCGGUCCCUGUACAAGCAAGGACAAAAGGGCGACGCCGCCCGCGUCAUGCUUCGGGUCAAGAUGAUGACAAAGGAGCUCGAAUCGGCAUGA